CAACUUCACACACCCGCACAUUUCUCUGCGACCUGUUAUCUGAGUUGUGAGUAAAAGAGAGUCAUAAUAAGCGGAUCAACUCCUGAGAAGCUAGAGAAGGAGUAUGCCGGAGUGUUGUAACUAGAAUAGCCGGACUGGUUCUCUAUGCCGGAUGAUGCAAGAUUGUUGGGGACUGCCCUGACUCCAGAUGGCCGGCUAUUUACGAACAAGACAGAAUGAAAACUCAGUGCGCCGGAGAAACCUGAUGACAGCAACCCCGACCGCCGGAGAAGAAGAGCCUUUCGCCAUGCCGCCAAUCGCCUGAGGGUCUGCCGCCGUGUAUUGCCGGAGGGGGAAAACCGUCUGGGCUAGCUUCCGUCACCGAGGAGAGUGCCGCCGAUCUCCCUGCGUCGCCAGAACUGUUUUACGAAGAAGACGGCGACUCCCUGCAUAGGUGAUUUUUGUGAAGAUUGAGGUAGAAGCUUCGUUUAGGAUUUACCGCAAUUUGAGACAAUGAAGUCAACAAGAAACAAAGUAGAAGACAAUGUCGUCGCACCAACAAAUGCGGAGUUGGCUCAAAAUAUGGUUCAAUUCAUCCAGACCAUCGGGAGUGUGCUAAUUCAGAACCAACACCAACAACGUCUCAAAAACCGCAAUGAUGUAGCGAAACUUGUAGCGAAGCGCAAUCCACCGUGUUAUCUAGGCCAAGAAGAUCCUCUCAUCCUUGAAGAUUGGAUUCGCACUUUCGACAAACUUUUCGACGCUAUAAACUGCCCUGCAGAUCAACGAAUUAAUACGGCUGCGUACUAUCUACGUCAAGAGGCGGACAAUUGGUGGGCCACGACUGCCCCAACGUUGCGUCAACAACCUAACUUUUCUUGGGAGACGUUCAAGGAGGCAAUGCGAAAAAGAUUCUGCCCAGAGCACGUGAGAGCUGAGAAGUAUGAAGAAUUUUUACACCUGAAGCAAAUAGGCAUGACUGUCCAAGAGUAUCACGCUAAAUUCUUGAAUCUCGCACGAUUUGCACCCACGCUAGUUUCCGAUGAAAUCGAGAAAACUAACAAGUUUAUACGUGGUCUAAACUUUGAGACACAAAAAGCUCUUUGUGUUUCAGAAUGCCAAACGUUGAACGAUGCCUACAACAAAGCUGGCAAACACUAUCGAGUGCAACAACUCCAGGAGAAAACACUCAAGAGAGAAAGGAAGGGCACCGAAGAAGAAAACAGACAGGGAGGCAAACGGCACACGCUAGAUAAUGCAGGGGAGACCCGAAACGGGAACAAGAUCAACAACCAAGGCCAAGGCCAGAAGCGUAAGAAGAAGAACUCAACUAAAGACAUGCACUUCUACUGCUCGAAAUGUGGAAAAGAUCACCCCGGGAAAUACUGUGACGGAACACUCGUACGAUGUUUUCAUUGUGACAAGCUUGGACAUAGGGUGUUCGAGUGUCAUUCAAGGAAGAAGGGAAUCCCUCCAACUCGUGGACUCAAUCAUCAUGGAAAGAAUGCAAAACACAAUGGAAGAAUCCGAAAAUAGUAGGCAAAAUCAUAUAAAAUUUCUAAUUUUCAAUAUUAAUACAUAUGUUUGAUGAUUGUGUUUCAAUUUGAUCUUGAAUGAAUAAUCUAUUCUCUUAAGUAAAUUAAGUGCUUCGGGGACGAAGCACUCUUUUAAGGAGGGUAGAAUGUGACACUCCUUAAAUUUAAAAAAAAAACAAAUUUAAUAUUAACUAAGAUGUAAUAUCUGCUAAUUGUACAUGUGGAUAUUUUCUUAACUUAUGCUUCGGGACGAAGCAUCUUUUAAGGUGGGUAGAAUGUGACACCCCGGAAAAUUUAAUAAAAAGAUUUAAUAUUAACUAAACAUGUGAUACCACACAAUUGUAGUUGGGAUAUUUUUCUUAGCUUAUGCUUCGGGACGAAGCAUCUUUUAAGGAGAGUAGACUGUGACAACCCGAAAAUUUAAAAAAAUAAAUAAAUUUAUUAGUCAGAUAAAAUGUUACGAAAGUCAAUAAAAAUGUUUCAAUAAUAAAAGUGACAUUUUUAUAAUAGAUGUGUUGACUAGGUAGGACUUUGACUUAAAACAUUAAAGUGACAUUUUAAAAAAAAUUAUUUUAAAAGUAUCGGUUAUAUAAAGUAUACACUAAAAACCAAUUUUAUCGAUAAUAAUAACAAUUAUAGAAGUGUUGACCUUCCCAACCUAAAAUGUUCACACGUAUUAAUAAAUCCAAGCAUGCAGUAUAGUUUCACUACAUAAACAUGUACACAUUUAUAUUUUCAAAAGUCACAAAGCAUAAACCAUGCGGCCAUGCCCAAGUCAGUAUAAGAAACGAAGGGUGCUUAUUCCACGCACAUGUUCACCGGUCGGAACCGAUCUAAUAAGGCCAAUAUACUCUGUAGUUCGCAAUACAUAGGCACAUGUAUUUGCAGUACUCUGCGUGGAAGGUACGAAUAAGGACCAUAUACAUGCAUGCGAUCCAGAAGGGCGACCCACUCAUAUGCUAAUCCUCAUGAUGCCAAGAAAACGAACUACGUGUAUCUCUCUGCACCAAGAGGACUUCAGUGACUGCACAUUUAUAUAUACGUACAUACUAACCUUGCGAAACCAUAACUAGAGAACAACUUCACACACCCGCACAUUUCUCUGCGACCUGUUAUCUGAGUUGUGAGUAAAAGAGAGUCAUAAUAAGCGGAUCAACUCCUGAGAAGCUAGAGAAGGAGUAUGCCGGAGUGUUGUAACUAGAAUAGCCGGACUGGUUCUCUAUGCCGGAUGAUGCAAGAUUGUUGGGGACUGCCCUGACUCCAGAUGGCCGGCUAUUUACGAACAAGACAGAAUGAAAACUCAGUGCGCCGGAGAAACCUGAUGACAGCAACCCCGACCGCCGGAGAAGAAGAGCCUUUCGCCAUGCCGCCAAUCGCCUGAGGGUCUGCCGCCGUGUAUUGCCGGAGGGGGAAAACCGUCUGGGCUAGCUUCCGUCACCGAGGAGAGUGCCGCCGAUCUCCCUGCGUCGCCAGAACUGUUUUACGAAGAAGACGGCGACUCCCUGCAUAGAAGGUGAUUUUUGUGAAGAUUGAGGUAGAAGCUUCGUUUAGGAUUUACCGCAAUUUGAGGAAUUGAGGAUCAUAUUGAAGUUGAUUUCGAGAGCUUCCGCUAGAACACAUAGACUAAAGUGAUUGAGUAAUUUAUUUUAGUCUUAAUUUUAAAGAAUUGUAGUUGAACAAUUAAAUAUGGAAAAUUUUAAUUUGUUGGUGGUGGAUAGCCUGUGCACUCGGUUAUGUGAGAACCGAGUGUGGCGGUAACGCCCCUAUUUCCCUUUGAAUUUUCCGCUGCAUAAUUCUGAUAAAUCAUUAUUUAAAUGUAUUUUUGGGUGGGA